AUGGCUUCGUCGCUUUUGAAUAAAAUACCUCUCCGUGUUCCGCCUUUAAAAAAUGCUUUGAACGUGGCCUGGCAAACUGUCCAGCAACAAAUGCCAGAUAGAUCAAGAGGAGAAUAUAGUGAACCACCAGGAAGACCUCCACCACCAAGGCCGCCACAGAAUGUGCGAUUUGCAAAUUUUGACAAUGAUGAAAGUUGUGAAUUGUCCACUAUGGCACAAAACGGUGGAUAUGAAGACAUGUCCGAAAAUGCAGGAAUGGCAGAAGAAAGUUUCUCUCAUGGAUAUCAACAGUCUGGAGGUCUCAGAACCCAAAGGCAAAUGAGUUCAGCCAGUGGUGCAUCAUUUAGUGACUCUGAAGGAGGAUUUGAAGGCGAAGGCGGUGGACGGCCAGGUGUAAAAAUCAACGAAUAUCAGGCUGCGUGGAAUGUCACUAACGCUAUACAGGGAAUGUUCAUCGUAUCACUACCAUUUGCUGUUCUUCGAGGAGGUUAUUGGGCUAUAGUUGCUAUGACAGGAAUUGCCUACAUAUGUUGUUAUACCGGCAAGGUUUUAGUCCAAUGCCUUUACGAACCGGACCCCGACACCGGUGCUCCGGUUCGAGUGAGGGACUCCUACGUGGCCAUAGCGAAAACUUAUUUGAUGAUAGGAACAUUUCCUGAUGGUGCCGUGGACACGAGAUCGUGGAUGAUGCUCAUUGGAAUCUUUUUGAUUCCACUAGGAUUUUUGAAAUCUUUGCAUCAUGUUAGCGUUUUAUCAUUCUGGUGCACCAUGUCUCAUUUGUUCAUCAAUGCGAUAAUUGUCGGAUAUUGCCUUCUUGAAAUAUCAGACUGGGGCUGGUCAAAAGUGAAAUGGUCAAUAGAUAUGGAGAAUUUUCCAAUAAGUUUGGGCGUAAUUGUAUUUUCAUAUACGUCGCAAAUUUUCUUGCCAACUUUGGAAGGAAAUAUGGAAGAUCGGAGCCGUUUCGAUUGGAUGUUAAAUUGGUCGCAUAUUGCAGCAGCUGCAUUUAAGUCGCUAUUUGGAUACAUUUGCUUUUUGACAUUUCAAAACGAUACACAACAGGUUAUUACAAACAAUUUGCAUUCAGCUGGUUUCAAAGGUCUGGUAAACUUCUGCCUUGUUAUCAAAGCGGUGCUCAGUUACCCUCUUCCAUAUUACGCCGCCUGCGAAUUGCUGGAACGAGCAUUUUUCCGCGGAAAACCGAAAACGAUAUUUCCUACAAUAUGGGCACUCGACGGUGAGUUAAAAGUCUGGGGUCUCGCAUGGCGCGUUGGGGUCAUAGUAUUCACCAUACUCAUGGCAAUUUUCAUUCCUCAUUUCUCAAUUCUUAUGGGAUUCAUAGGAAGUUUUACAGGAACCAUGUUAAGUUUCAUUUGGCCUUGCUAUUUUCACUUGAAACUCAAGGGGCAUACAUUAGAUAGGGGAACUAUUGCAUAUGAUUACUUUGUAAUAUUCUUAGGAAUGCUGUUUUGUGUUAUAGGAGUUUAUGAUUCUGGAACUGCUCUGAUAAAAGCAUUCGAGAUAGGUCUUCCAUUUUAA